ACAGGACCCAACGCAAAAUGUUCUCGAAAACGUCAUACCUAUUAUUAUUUACAGCGAUGGUAAGCGCCGAUUUGGAAAAGACCAAAGUAGUGACCUUGAAACCUAUAUCUGUGUGCUGCGAUAUCCCCGAGCUGGGUGACCCCAAGCCGCUGAGCGAGUGCCAGAAGCUGCCUGGACCUUGCAACGACGUCCAAUGUGCGUUUGAGAAGUCAGGUUUCCUCGUCGAUACGCACACCUUGAACAAGGAGGCGUACAGAACCCAUCUGAGGAGGUGGCUGGAGACCCACCAGGACUGGAGCGAGGCCGUGGAGAAGGCCAUACGGGACUGCGUGGAUAAGGACCUCAGGCAGUUCCUGGCUUACCCGUGUAGGGCCUAUGACGUGUUCACUUGCACGGGCAUCGCUAUGUUGAAGAAAUGCCCAAAAGAAGCUUGGAAGUGUUAAAACAACUACAUGUGAAAGAG